AUGAUAUGGGCAGGCCUUUGGAAGCUUGAAAUAAAAGAAAAUUUAAAAUUGUCUUACAAAAUAUGGCAGUUGUACAUGAUGUGCUGCUAUGCUAUUCUCUCCAUCGGACUUUCAGGAAAUGUCGUCUAUGUUUAUUUACGUGAUCCUGCUAGAAUUAUAGAAGCCAUAGGAAUAGCUAUGAGCGACUACAUUUGCCUUUUGAAAAUGCUACUUUGUGCACUACGAAAAACCACUCAGCUACUUCAAACAGCUGUCCAAGAUGAUGAAAUCGUAUCAAGUGAAGACCCAACACUAAACCAAUUGCUUUGUCGCCAUAAAAAAUCCGUGAACAUGAUAGGAUUAUUCAUCGUAACUUAUUCCUUUGCGUUUUGUGUUCAUAUGAGCUUCUAUGGAGGCCUAGUACAAUACAGGAACUAUCAAAUGAAAUUUCCAAACGCCACAGAAAAACCUGAGUACAUCCUUUCCCUAUGGCUUCCGUUCAAUGUCCAGAAUCACUUUGACUUAGCAUUGUUCUUGCAAUGUUUCCUAUUAUUACAAGGGUGCGCUGGAAGUUUUGCUAGUUUGGGGUUUACUAACGCAAUGAUUUCAUACGCUGUGAUUAAAUUGAAGAUGUUGAAGUAUUAUUUUAGGAACUUUGAUAAAUUUCCUCAAGAGAUUCAUUCUAAAGAUCCAGUGCAUAGAAAUAGGAUGGCUAUUAGGAAUUUGGAAAACCUCAUUAGGAAACAUCAAUUUAUAAUAAGGUUCAUAAAAGACUUAAAUGAAAGCAUGAGUAUAAUUUUACUAAUUGAAUACAGCCUUUCAUCGUUAAUGUUGGCCUCUAUUAUUUCACAGAUUAUGAAUAGUGGAGACAUUGCAUUUGCGAUUUACGAAUCCGAUUGGUACAAUUACGACUCAAAAGUGGGCAAAUUAAUUUUCAUGAUAGUUAUGAGAGCCAGAAGAGAGCUGACUUUGAAUAUCGGACCUUUCGGGCCGAUUACCCUUGAAGCUGCCAAAGCUCGCAUGCAAGUGGCUUAUUCCUAUUUAUCCGUAAUAUCUGGAAAUAACCGCAAUAAUUGAAGAUUUUAUCAGCAAAAAAAAAAAAUACCUACUCUAAAUAAUAGAUAGCUACAAUAGUGGUUUUUCUUUAUAAUAAUAUUACCCAUAAUU